AGUGGUAACAAUAAUAUUAUCGUCCAUUCCUGCACAAUAAAUGCAAUCUGACGAUUUUUAAAGAUAACUGACUACAAAUUCAAUUUAAAAACGUUUCGUCAUGUUAUGACUUGACCUUUGAUUCUUUGAAUUUGAAUUAAUUCACGUUGCUUUCACAGAGGAAAAUAUGGCUUUGAAAGGUUUAAAAGUUUUAGAAUUUACUGGCUUAGCUCCAGGACCGUUCUGCGGAAUGUUGCUAGCAGAUUUUGGCGCAACCGUAACUAGGAUAGAUAAGGUACCUACCAACAUGUUAGAUGUUCUCCGAGAUGGAAAACGAACACUUGCAUUAAACCUAAAGAAACCAAAAGCCAUAGAAUUAGUUCGUUUGUUAUGUAGCAAAAGUGACGUACUGAUUGAACCGUUCCGACCAGGUGUAAUGGAAAAGUUAGGCUUGGGUCCGCGCGAAAUUAUGCAGGAAAAUCCAAAACUAAUAUAUGCGCGUUUAACGGGGUUCGGACAAAACGGCUUACUGGCAGCAAGAGCCGGACACGAUAUAAACUAUGCUGCAGUUUCCGGUUUGCUCUCGCUGUUUGGAAGAAAAUCAGAGCGUCCGACAGCGCCUAUAAAUCUGGCUGCUGAUUUUGCAGGUGGUGGUCUUCUAUGUGCCUUUGGAAUCCUAGCGGCCCUGCUUGAACGACACCAUUCUGGUAAGGGACAAAUAGUAGACCAUUCUAUGACCGAGGGUGCAGCGUACGUUGGAAGCUGGUUUUUCAGAUCACAAAAGUUACCCAUCUGGGGAAAACCGAGAGGUGAAAACUUACUGGAUACUGGCGUGCAUUUCUAUGAUACAUAUCGGACAAAGGAUGGCAAAUAUAUGUCUGUUGGUGCUAUAGAACCACAGUUCUACGAAGAGCUGUUAGACGGUUUAGAACUUCCAAGGGAUUUACCGCAGUAUGAAGAUGUUGAAAAGACCAAAGUUUUAUUUGAAGAAAAAUUUCUCACCAAAACUAGAGAUGAAUGGACUCAAAUUUUUCAGCAUCGAGAUGCAUGCGUGUUUCCUGUACUUGAGCUAGACGAAGCAGAAAAGCAUCCGCAUAAUUGCGAUCGCAAUGCAUUUUUGGAUAAACGUGAGUCCUGCUGCACGGAAAUAGUACCCACGCCUGCACCUAAGUUGAGUAGAACACCAGCACAAUCCGGUGCGGCAAUAGGAAAGACUGCAAUCACACAAAUGGCCGUAGAUAUUUUUAAUGAUUUUGGGUUGAAUGUGGAGGAUAUUGUUACACUCUAUGACGAAGGAGUCAUAUUAUUACCGACUAAGCCAAAACUCUGAUAGGGAAUACUUGCUUGCGUAACACGAAUAUGUAAUAGGUUUGGUAUUUAAAAAGUAAUAAAAAUUGUUGGUGUCGGUCGUGUGACUGCAAUACUGUUUCGAA